GCGUAGUAUGGACCAAUCAGGGCGCACUUGACGGGAGAAAAGGGUCAUGGUCGGGAACGCGUUCGACGUGCUCAUGCAGCGCAAGCCCGCAGCGACUCGGAAGCGCAAGGCGACAUGCAAGGCCGAGCCCAGUGGCGGAACACCGAAGAAAGCCAAGGCGCAGCAGCGGUUUCUUGAUCUCGGUCAGGCCGAUCUUGGACAGCGAACGUGUCCGGCGUGUGGCUUUCUGUACAUGACCGGUGUCGACGCCGACGAGAAGGCCCACGCCCGCUUCUGCAAAAAAAUUGCCGCAGGCGUCACCAUCAGCGGCUGGAAGAACGAGCGCCUCCAUCUCACGCAAGGCCAAAACCGAAUUCUCGAGCUACGUGGGGACGACCCUGCGGCGCAAAUCAAGAAACUUCGCCAGAUCAAAGCCGUCUUGGAUGAUACACUGGGCAUCAUUGAUGAGACUGAGUUUUUUGCCCGGCGCCACUUUAUCUAUGUGGCCAAAGACAACGUUGUCGGGUGCGUCUGUGCCGAGGCUGUCACCACUGCAUUCCCGUAUGCGACGACGUCCGGCGUCAUCACCAUCGACACCAAGCAGCCGCGCGACGUGCUCGUAGGCGUUAGCCACAUGUGGGUGCACCCGCGCCACCGACGCGAAGGCAUCGCGAAGGCGCUUUUGGAUGUCGUCCGGCAAAAGUUUACGUACGGCAUGACCAUCCCGACAGCGCAAGUCGCUUUUUCGCAGCCGACGGCCGAUGGGAUGGCCUUUGGCGCGCGCUACGUUGCGCCAGCGCCGAUGUUGCUGUAUGAAAUCUAAUCGAACGCAACACGUGGACGAAGAACGAGAGGUCGUGUCUAUAUGCAUGGCAAUUACGCCUUCGUCUUCUUGUGCAGCG